AUGAUCACACCUCGGUUUGCAUGCAGCCAGACGGAAACCGCUGUGAUUGUCACCAUGUACUGCCCCUCGAUCCGAGCCUCUGACGUCGAAAUUAACGUUGACGAGACACUUUUCAGUAUCCAUGUAAACCCUUACUUCCUCCGCCUCAAUUUCUCCAAUUCACUCUUGGAUGACGAAGACGCAUCAGCGUCUUACGAUGCCGCAAGCGGAAAUCUCACCGUGACAUUGACCAAGGAAGUGAAGGGACAGGAAUUCAAAGACUUGGACCUCCUGGCAAAAUUGCUGGCUCCUCGGCCGUCCGAGCAAGUCCUCGAAGAUCCCGUAAUUGAGGUUUUGGAUUCAGUCGACGCUGAGGGCAGCGUAGAUGACGAGCUAGCGGCAAAAACACAAAAUCUGACGCUAGAGCAGCACGAGAUUCUGCAAGCUGCGCAGAAUGACUGGCAAUUGCCACAAGAAAUCCCUGCACCGCUCCCGGCAAUAAAGAUGACAUCCGUGUGCCACUACGGGUUUCUCAAUAUGCAUUCUGGGUAUUUCCGACAUGUAGCGCACACGGAAAACGAGGUGAACGAACUCGGCGCUGAUGCAGAAGCAUGCCCGCCAGAUGAACGACGCCGGCUGCGCCUCAAACACGAGGAAGACAAAUGGGACGAGGAGCAUUACAUUGCAGAUUUCAUAGAAGACGAGUACAUUGAGGAGCUCUCUACAUGGCAAAAUCCUUAUACUACCUCCGCCGGAGAGUUCCAAUACACCGAGGAUGAAAAUAUGGCGAUGUUGCGCCUCCCCCGGAAAGAAUAUCUCUCGUCGCCGCAACAAACACACGACUUAUAUCUCACCCUCCUCACACUGCUCUUUUCCUAUGCAUACGAAACGCGGUCUACACAGCACGAUCCCACACCUGAGAGCGCUUGGACGCUGAGCAGUCUCACUCCCGCCUUUUCCGCGCUUGAUCCUCCUCCAUACUGUGGGACAUCUUCCGACUCGGCUCAGUUCACCGCUGCAGAGCUCACCGCUACAUUUGCCGCCUCGUACCGCCGUGCAUUGGCAUUCCCGCUUUACCGCUCAUUUGCGCUGUGUGAAAUCUGCAGAAUGGACGUCGCUGCGCUUAUUGCACGUGGUAAACGUGUUGUGACACGGUGCUUACUCGAGAUGAAGCAAAUUCUGGAUCACCAUGAGGUGUAUUACGUGUAUGGUAAAAUAUGGGUGGAUGAUUUUUGUGUAUGGUGUCUCGCAUACGCCAGCGAUGAUGUGCUCAAGGGCUUGGGUGACGCCGUAUCGUCACUCCGAAUGGAGAAAACGGCGAUUGGGUGGGACUUGGCUGGACUAGAAACGUCGGCUCUCCGGACAAUGGAGCGGGACUCUGACAGCGACGACGAAUCAGAGGAUGAAAUUGAGCGAAUGUUGCCAGCGCCACUGUAA